CUGGCAGCACAACACUAACAUUUGCCAGAUACGCCGGCAAUUAAAUUAAUAUUAUUAUCGCAUAGCGAUGAACAAACAAUACCAACGAUUUUAAUUAGUUUUUAUUUUGUUUGCUGCAUUUGAACUGAUUAAUUGGAGUAUAUAGAGUGCAGAGAUGGCGCUGCCUUCGAUCUCAACUUUGGUGGGCGUGGCAUUUGUGGCGUACAUUGUGCAUUCGAUUUAUCAGAUGUCGCAGAUCUUCACGACCCUGCAGUGCAGCGAUUCCCCAUGCUAUCGCUCCUUCCUCGCCGAGCAGCCGCGCUUGCAAUUGGCGCUGUUCAGUUCGCUCAGCAGGAAUCCAAUUGGAAGCGAGGUCCAGGAUUUGUACAAGGAGAAACGCUUUGAUUAUGGCAAGGCAUUUGAGCAGGACUUUGGCUUGGAUGUGCCGCUCAAGACGCGACGCAACGGCACCCUGUAUCUGCAUGUGGUGCUGGCACUGGAGGGGGAACCUUUGGAGUGGCGCACACUCCGCCGUGAUGGUCCCACUGUAGUCCAUACACUCAAUCUCUGUGAUUAUAUGGUGCCCAAAGCGGAGGCAUUUAAUCUCCUAGGAGAGACGGAGCAGACAGCCUCUAAAUUGGCCAAUAAGAAGCAGUCUGCUCCAACUGGACAACAACCCAGCACGCAUAUACGCUCCCAUAUCUAUGUCACUCUCCUCACGGAUCUCUUCUCGCUCUCCCAGGCGGAUGUGCCGCCAGAGAUGGCGCCACUCAUUCGCGUCAAUCGCAUGCAGCAGAUACUGCCGAUACUCCAGACGGACACCUUUAAUACGCGCCUCAAGGAUCUGGUGCCAGUGACCAAGAAUACCACCGAGUUUACAUUCCGUUUCCAUUACAAUCCCGUCGGAGUUGGCAAGCUGCGUCUCCAGCUGCUCAUGGAACACGCCACGCAGGCGCUGCUCCUCAUCGGAUUCGCCACCAAGGACAUCGACGAGGUCAAGGGCAUCUUUUCCGACACGAAUGUCUAUCUGCUCUGCGGCACCAUCUUCAUAUCCAGCGUCCAUAUGCUCUUUGAUUUCCUGAGCUUCAAGAACGAUGUGUCCUUCUGGAUGAAGAAGAAGUCGUACGAGGGUCUCUCGACCCGCACAAUUCUGUGGCGUGCAUUCUCGCAGUUCAUCAUCUUUCUGUAUCUGCUGGACGAGGACACAUCCUACCUGGUGCUGAUACCCGUCGGUCUUGGCACUCUCAUCGAGGUCUGGAAGUGCAAAAAGAUUCUGCGCUUGGAGUUGAGUUUCAGCGGGUUUAUUCGACGCAAACUGGAGCAGGUGGAUCAGCGGAAUGGAGCGAGCACAAGUGGAGCAGCAGCUGGAGAGUUGGCCGAGCAGCAGACACAGCAAUAUGAUCGCGAGGGAAUGCGUUAUCUGAGUUAUUUGCUGUAUCCUUUGUGUCUGGGUGGAGCCAUCUAUUCGCUGCUGUAUCAGCCGCAUCGUUCCUGGUAUUCCUGGACACUCAACUCGCUGGUGAAUGGCGUCUACGCCUUUGGCUUCCUCUUUAUGCUGCCGCAGCUCUUUGUCAAUUAUAAGCUGAAAUCUGUGGCGGCUUUGCCAUGGCGUGCUUUCAUGUACAAGGCAUUUAAUACAUUCAUUGAUGACUUCUUUGCCUUUAUCAUCACCAUGCCGACGGCUCAUCGUGUCGCCUGUCUGCGUGAUGACAUUGUCUUUGUCAUCUAUCUGUAUCAACGUUGGCUCUAUCCGGUGGAUCAAACACGCCUCGAUACGGGCGUCAGCAUUGAUGAGACGCCAACAGCGGAAGCUGCAACCACAGCACGCAAGAAGCGGGAUUAGAGGAUUGGCAACUGGAGUAGAAGACUCAGCCAACAAUUGCUUAGAGAGAGACUCACAUAUUCCGUCGAUUUGUUUAGCUUUUAGUCUCCAGCAUAAUAGACUGUAAUCCUCUGUAAUUCCCCAAUUAAUUGUAAUUGUUUAUUGUACGUGUAGCAAAUGCAAGAAUAAUUUCCUCAAUUCACAA